AUGUCUAGCAAAGAUAUCAACCCUUCUACUACAUCUUUCCAAUCUACCGACACAUCCUCCUCUACGACACCUCUCACCGCAAAAGGAAGGCGGCGGCGGAAGGACUUUCCCUUCGCCUUUGCAAAAUUACAGCAAAAAUACGGGACGCCGGGGACUGCCAUGCCCGGAGGUCAAAUGGGCCAAUACUCGAACCCAACACCACAACCAGAGAGUGUGGAUGCUGGCAGGGUGUCCAACUCAGGCAAUACAAAGCCUUCUUCGCUGUCCACCAUCCAGGAGCAGUCUGCGUCGGCAUCUACUAGCGCGCCGAAGAAUUAUGAGGCAGCGUUUGGAAGUCUUUCGUCCUCGUACGGCACGAGCAGCGCCCUCCCCACUUUGCCACGCAAGGAUAAAGAGAAAGAGAAAUCAACGAAACAAAAGAAACUGUUUGGAAGUUCUCUGUUCUCGCGCAAAGUGAACAAUGACAAGGGAAAGGUCGACAACUCCACCCAACCAGAGAACAGCUCCAAGUUAAACUCUUCGUCCACGAAGCAGGACAUCGGCAACUCUUCGACGUUCGCAAAGGCGGCGAAGAAACAAGGAUGGGGCGCACCUUCGGCUUCCAGACCCAGUCUUGGGAUGUGA